CACUCAAACGCGUGACCGAUUUCCGCCUUGUGAUGCAAAUUUUAUUAGCGUCAAAUCGGAAAAAUGUUCUUCUUCUUGCCAUAGCUCUGACGACAUCAUCUUCCCGACAAUUUGUGGUAGCAUGGCCGCAAUCAAUGGUGAUGCUAUCGCUGAUCAUGCAUCUAGCUCAAAACUGAAGCUAAGAAAAGAGCCACCUUAUUGGUUCGAAUACGAUACAAACGUCAAAGCGCGAUGGACAGGACGCAAAUUAAUCGAAGUUCUAGUAACAGAAUUCAGAGAUCGAUCAACAGAGUAUUAUCAAUGGGCAAUUCAUUCGGGAAAAUGUAGGAUAAACGGUGAAAAAGUUAGACCGGAUCACGUUCUGAAAAUGAGUGACAAAAUCCAACAUCUCGUUCACCGACAUGAACCUGCAGUCACUGCUGAUCCGAUCAGAAUAUUAGAAAGAGAUGAUGAUGCUGGACGAUUGGUGGUUGUGAAACCAGGUAGUAUCCCAGUACAUGCUACCGGAAGAUAUACGAAAAACACCCUCAUUCACAUGCUACAAGAAGAACUCAACAUUCCAUCAAUGCAAACAUCAAAUCGAUUAGAUCGCCUUACCUCCGGUAUCCUUGUAUGCACCACAAGAAAGGACACCGCUCGAACGCUCAGUGAACAAUUCGCAAUGGGCAAGGUACGGAAAGCAUACGUCUGUCGGGUAAAAGGUAAAUUCCCAGAACAAGAGAUCACAGUCGAAGAGCCGCUGUUGCAAUGUGAUCGACAAUCAGGCACUAGCAUCGUUCACCCUCUCGGAAAACAUAGCGAAACGAUUUUCAACAGGCUUUCUUAUGACGCAAAAAGUGAUACUUCUGUCGUAUAUUGUAGACCGAUCACUGGAAGAACACAUCAAAUAAGAGUUCAUGCACAGUAUCUCGGACACCCUAUCCCGAAUGAUCCAAUCUAUGCACACAAGAUUUGGGAUAAACACUCACCUACGAUGUUCGCUAAAGCACCACUAAAACAACAAAGAUGGAAAGUUGAACCAGGUAGUCCCUUGAACGUUUGGGGUUCGCCAGAGCUGGAUGAAGUGGUUGCAACUCUCAAGAUGGCAAAAGAUGAUAAUGAUGAUUGGGCACGAUGGAAAGAUGAAAUGUUGUUCGGACAAAUGUUGAAAGAGGAAGGGCUUGAUAGAAUGGAAGUGGAAGGUGCAAAUGGAGAGAGUGUUACUGAACAACGGAAACGAUCAGAACAAGCCGCGGCUCAGAUCGGCACAAACGUGAGCGGAAAGACGCAUUACUGCGAAGAAUGCAAGAUGCCUCUCUUACCCGAUCCGAAAGCAGAAAAUCUGUUUAUUUAUCUACAUGCGAUCAAAUAUCAGACUGAUGAAUGGACGUAUGAAGAUCAGAUGCCCUGGUGGGCUCUGGAAGAUUGGCAGGACCCUACACGGUCUAGGCCAACGACAGGAUCUAGAGUGGAAACAGGACUUUCAACAAAUGCAACCAUGCCUCCCGCUUUUGGAUUGGUAGGCCGUGGUGAAAAGGUUGAGAGGGAACAUGUUGAGCUGGCCAACAUACUACCUGUCAACUCCGUUCCGGAGACUGUCCCGAAGCUAUCUUUGGAGGGAGGUGCUUCACACCCUUCUGUUCUGUUUGAGAUCUUUGGAGGUAUGGAGGAUUUUGCUGCUCUUCAUAUUCAACAACAAAUUUGCAGCGCAUUUGGUGACAAAGAAUCUUCUUUGCAACUCAACUACCAACUUUAUACGGGUCACGUCUCUGUCCCAGCAGGAGAGUGGUCAGCAAAAGCUUUGCAAGCCUAUAGGGAAGGCUACAUUUCGUGUGCAAAGACGGCAUACGUUCAAAUUGCAGCACCAAAAAUGCCAACAGAUGUUCUCACUUCUCUGGCUGAUGGAAAGUUGAAACUAUACGAAGCAAGAAGUAUAAAUGCAGCUAGACGGAAAAAAGGAGAAGAGGAGAUAACGGUCCCCGGUCUGGAUGGUCAGCUCACAUCGGCUGAAGUGAAAUUCAUGGAAGCACUGAAAGCAGCAUGGGAUGCAUGUGAAGAUGGCAGAGAACAUGCAAAGAAGAUUUGGCAAGAUAUACAUGGUAAAGAUAUUGACACAGAUCGGAAGCCACGAUUCCGAGCAUCGUGUGAUCGUAGAGGAUAUGCUUUGCCGACGCUCACGACAACACAAAUCGAAAAGGAUUUAGGAUCAUGGAUAUGGUGGUGGUUGAACGGUGAUCCAGAUCUAAGUGAAGGUGAAUGGGAAGUCAACUUGAUGCAAUCCGAUCUUGAGAUCGUGUUCAAGUUACUUGCAGGACAUGAAGAUGGCGUAGAGCUAGAGGCGCACUGGGCAACAAAUCCAUCGAAUGUUCCCGGUCGAUUUGCAUUCUUGAUCCCGAUCGAAAUGAAACAAAGUAUGGCUCAUCGCCCACAGCUACCAGGAGAUUUAGUUGGAGAGGGUACCGUUCUGGCACGAUUCAGAGCUUAUACAUUGGCUACCGCAUUGCCUCUGGAUGUCGGUCUGCUGAAACCAGGACAGACACCACUACGUAUUUGGGAACCUUGUGCUGGUACUGGCAGUGUUGCUAUCGAACUGUCGGUCGCCUGCAGAAGACGAGGAGUGGGCUGUCAAAUCUUCGCCAGUGACGUUUUCGCAGCAGAGAUAGAUCGAGCUCAUCAAAUGGUCUCACUUUGUGGACAGUUCCCAGAAAUCUCAUUGGCAACAGUUGAUGCAUCAAAGAUGAAUGAAGCUUUGCUGUUCAUGGGAGAAGAAUCUUCUUUGGAUGGCAUUGUGACAGAUCUACCAUGGGGAAGACGUUCGCUUAAUCAUCAAACUAUCUCAAAGUUAUAUCCUGCCAUGUUACAGGUAUUUUAUCGAAUGCUCAAACCUGGUGCAUGUGCCCUAUUGAUGACAGCAGAACAGAACAAUCUGAUUCGUGCCGCAAAAGCACAUGAAGCUGAAUCACGUAGAAGAGGAUAUGAAUGGUUUUUGAACGUUGAAGAAUUCAGUAUGACACCAUGCAAGGAUCAAAAUGUGUAUGAUCCCAAAUCACCAAAAGAAGCACCAACUGACGAACAAAGAUCUGCCAGUGUUAGAACUGUUCAUUGUGGUUAUUAUGUUUCACUUGUUUUGUUACGCAAAGUUCCACUGAUUGUGUAGAGCAUCAAUUCGAUCAUCACAGUCAUCUUCCUGUGUAUAUUAUAAAGAAAGGCACCGAGAGUUGCGCUAAGGUUUCGCGUGAAAAGGUGACAGUCCUGCAUCGUAUGUUUUAUGCAGUGCCGGCGACUAUGACAAAGCGGUAGCCGCAUUUUACGUGCGGGAAGACCCUUGUGUAGUUG